CUGAGUGGAUUGAGGAGUUCUUGCUGCCGGGUUAGCGGCUUCGGAGCCUGAGGUUCCCGUGGACGUCGCCCAGCUGAGGCGGGUGCCCGGCGGGGGCAGUUCUGAGCCUCCCGCCUGCGGGAGUCGCAGGGUGAGGUGCAGCCCACGGGAACCCCCGAGCCAGGAGAGGCCGCUCACCGCAGGUUCCCGCCCGGCGCUGCGGACCCCGGUGCGGUCGCAGGACGUGCCUUCCGGGGAAGUGAGGCGCUCGCGUUCCCGAGUGGCGGGGCCGGGACUGGGACCCGCGGCUUUGGCUUCUGUGCGGGUUCCUCAACUCAACCCCUUUCUCCGCCUUAGGAAAACCAGCAUUUUCGUUUUUUGAGGUGAUUUUCUGUAGACGUCUGGGAUUUGAUUCCUUGAUAGGAGGGAGCGGAAUCAGGUGGGAAAGUUGUCAGCCGCUCGCCCUGAGAUCUCAGGGCGCGUGGUGGUGCCAGCCUCACCGGCGGUGUGAACGGGGCGGGCGGCCCCACUGCGUGCUCUGUUUCCUGAUCCGUAAGAUGGGGGUGCCGGCAAUGCCAGCGGGCGCUGUGGGACUAACGAGGUUGGCCAGGGCUCAGGGGGUCGCUGCUGCUAAGAGUCCAGUGUCCUGCUCCGAGUCCUGUUCUCUGGGCUCUCUGAGCCAGAAGGAGUUGGGACCUUCACCAGGAUCCCCAUCCGGUCUCUCUUACUCAGUGGGCUCCUAGCUCUUUCUUCCCCUCCCUCCCCACCGAGGGCACUUGGGGUCAUUGUCAGGUGGUAUAAGGAUUUCAGAGCUGCUGACUCUGAGGGGUGGAAAGCAGAAGGGGCUUCCUCCUGGCUCCCCUUUUCCUCUCUCAGAUCCGCCUUCUGGAGACUGCACCCAUGCUCAGGGGAAGAGCCCAGAAGGAGAACAUGGCUACUGAGCAAAGGAAAGCAAGGUCUCAGGUAUCACUGAUGUUCGAGGAUGUGGCUGUGCUCUUCAGUCGGGAUGAAUGGAGAAAGCUCAAUCCUUCUCAGAGAAACUUGUACCGGGAUGUGAUGCUGGAGAACUAUAGUAACCUGGUCUCACUGGGACUCCCAUUUACCAAACCUAAAGUGAUCUCCCUAUUGCAACAAGGAGAAGAUCCCUGGAAGGUAGAGAAAGAAAGUCCUACAGGCUCCUCUCUAGGAUGGAAGAACAGUCAUAAAACCACAAAGUCAACACAAACACAAGACUAUUCACUUCAGGGCCUGAUAAUGAAAAGAUCCAAAAGGAAUGGACCCUGGGACUUGAAAUCAGAAAAUUCUUGUAUAUAUGAAGGCAGAUUAGAGAAAAAGCAAGGUAAAAAGGAAAGUGUUCAUAUAACUUUAGUUACCCACAAAAAAAUCCCAACUUUAGAAAGAAGCCAUAAAAAUGUGGAAUUUAGCCAAAAUACCAGCUCCAAAUCACUUCUUGUAAUGCAACAGAUAGUCCCUAUAGAAAAAACAUCACCAAAAUGUGACCUACAAGGAAAUAGGUUCAAACAGAAUUCAGAUUUACUUAAUCAACCAAAAAUGACAGCAGAGAAACGUUAUAAAUGUAGUAUGUGUGAAAAAACCUUCAUUAAUACUUCAUCCCUACGUAAACAUGAGAAAAACCAUAGUGGAGAAAAAUUAUUUAAAUGUAAAGAAUGUUCUAAAGCCUUUAGCCAAAGUUCAGCUCUUAUUCAACACCAAAUAACUCAUACUGGAGAGAAACCAUACAUAUGUAAAGAAUGUGGGAAAGCCUUCACUCUCAGUACAUCCCUUUAUAAACAUCUAAGAACCCAUACUGUAGAGAAAUGCUAUAGGUGUAAAGAAUGUGGUAAAUCCUUCAGCCGAAGAUCAGGCCUUUUUAUACAUCAGAAAGUUCAUGCUGAAGAAAACCCUUGUAAAUACAAUCCAGGUAGGAAGUCAUCUAGUUGCAGCACAUCUCUUCCUGGAUGUCAAAGAAUUCAUUCCAGAAAGAAGUCCUACUUAUGUAAUGAAUGUGGCAACGCCUUUAAGUCUAGCUCAUCCCUUCGUUACCAUCAGCGAAUUCACACUGGCGAGAAACCUUUCAAAUGCAGUGAAUGUGGAAGAGCCUUCAGUCAGAGUGCAUCUCUGAUUCAACAUGAAAGAAUUCACACUGGAGAAAAGCCCUAUAGAUGUAAUGAAUGUGGAAAAGGCUUCACUUCUAUUUCACGACUUAAUAGACACCGAAUAAUUCAUACUGGUGAGAAGUUUUAUAAUUGUAAUGAAUGUGGGAAAGCCUUAAGUUCCCACUCAACACUUAUAAUUCAUGAGAGAAUCCAUACUGGAGAGAAACCAUGCAAGUGUAAAGUGUGUGGGAAAGCCUUCAGACAGAGUUCAGCUCUCAUUCAACAUCAGAGAAUGCAUACUGGAGAAAGACCCUAUAAAUGUAAUGAGUGUGGGAAAACCUUCAGGUGUAACUCAUCCCUUAGUAAUCAUCAGAGAAUUCAUACUGGAGAGAAACCAUAUCGAUGUGAGGAAUGUGGGAUAUCUUUUGGCCAAAGUUCAGCUCUUAUUCAACAUCGAAGGAUUCAUACUGGAGAGAAACCCUUUAAGUGUAAUACAUGUGGGAAAACUUUUAGACAAAGCUCAUCACGUAUUGCACAUCAGAGAAUUCAUACUGGAGAGAAACCCUAUGAAUGUAAUACAUGUGGGAAACUUUUCAACCACAGGUCAUCCCUUACUAAUCAUUAUAAAAUUCAUAUUGAAGAGGACUCUUAGAAAACAGAUUUGCAUGUUUGAAAGCCUUAAACCAAAGCUCAUCAGAGAAUAUAUACUCAAGAGUAAUGUAAUAAAUGUAAUGGAUAUGAAAAACUGUAAUAAUUUAGUCCUCAUUAGAUUUUAAAUUCCAUGGAUAAUUUUUGACUAUGUAAUAGGUAGGAAGAAAGUGUCUGUGUCCGUCAGACACUUUUAAAAAUAACCAGAGAUGAAGAAUUUACAACUGGAGACAUGACUUUGGUCAUUUAUAAAAUAAAAGGUGUUUGCUUUCCCUCUUUCCACCCCCAGUAUGCUAGAUAUUAUAUGUGAUCAUAAGAAACAUGUAAGUAGAUAGGGAAGUGUGCUCUGGAUUUUCUCUUUAGAGAAAACACCAAAGUGUAUACAUGUACACUGGUAAUAUUUUUUAUAUAACAUUUUAAUAGCAUAUGAAAGAAUUGAUCAAAGAAAUUAUACAUUUUUUAGAGAAAAGGACCAAAAUAGGAAAAAAUGAACUAUAAACUAC